AUGAGAACUCCGGCUUCUCCAUUACUACGUGCCUGGAGCUCUCUUCGCGCCAGCCUUCCGAUCCAGGCUCGUCGCCAGCGCAAAUCAACUGCAAGCCAGAAGGAGUCUUCCCACAAUCAUGUGCAUCAGCAGCAGAAAUCACAACACCCUAAUCGACACAAUUCGUUAUCUGGUGUCAAUGGAAUCCGCACUUCAUCGACCGACAUUACUCAGCAGUCUCAUUUCUUGUCCUCUGUUUCUUCGGCCCAGGCGGACUGUAGCAAUUCUCUCAAUAAACCUCAAAAAUCUUGCAUUCGAGAGGGCUUGAACGGCCUCAGCUUCUCGAGCUUCACGCACCAACGACCAUCUUUGCCUAACAACAGUCAACUACCUCUCUCGUCUUCUUCCAGAGACUGUAAAGUUCCCAUUUCACAACCCCCAGGUCGACCAAUCAUUUUUUCAUCUAGUUUCAUCGGUUUUCCUGCCUUUGAUUCCUGGUCUCUCUUCGACUCAUCGCAGCAGACUAUGGAGGCCCGACUUUCUGCCCCCCUAGCCAGCUCUCUCCUGUCUAGCACUGGCUCCCCUUCCGCACCAAAUGCAACUUCUGAAUGCUCAGCUCAGUUUGGCAGUCAAACCAAAUCGCCCAUCUCGAUGAACGAUUCAAACAACCAAUCACUUAUUCUCCGCCCACCGCCCCCGAUGUACAGACAUUCAUCUCAAGACCCUCCUCUUGGCGUCUCCGAUGAUAUUGCGUCAAGCGUUUCGUCUUUUCAACGCGACCCGCCAACCCUCAUCUUUCCUCCACCUCCUAUUCUGUCACCACCUUCACCUCCGGGCGUUACCAACGCCUAUGCCCAGCACGCCACUCCACCUCCGAGGCCUACGCGGCCAAGUCAUCUUGUAGCGUCCCAAAAGUCUUUGCACUUUAUAUCCACAUUACGAACUUCGUCUUUUCAGACGAGCCAACCAAGCGACACAAGCUCUAACUCUACACCAGAUAGUCAUACAAACCUUCAAUUUGUUGAUUCAGAUAACCCUGAAGGGACCUCGGAAUCUGUAGUAGGUGAUUACAUUGACCAUCUGACUAAUGAGGCAAUACGACUGCAACAACAUAGUGAUGAAGAAGACGAAGAUGAACUAAAUGACAAUGAUUCUUUGCUUUCGACUUUAUCACGUGAAGCAAUUGCAGAGCAAAUUAAUACCACUCUUACUCGGCCUCCGCUGAUUUCUUCGAGGACCGACCGUCCCGAACCCUCAGAAUUAGCAAUUUAUCCGUCCGAUCCCAAAAUGUCGCCCGAUACUUUCAUCUCUUCUGAUAAGUUUUCUAUCCAGAUUAGUGGGACCGCUUGUCCUGAUGCCCCAAUCAGCUUGAUUCAGCCUCGGUCAACUCAAGACUCUUUCCCCAAAGAUUUCUCCUUCCCAGAACAUUGUAUUCCAUGGUCUAAUAGUUUAACUGCACCUACUUCAAAGCCCUCACAACAUUUGAUCGAUACCUGUCAGCCAAUAGUUGCAAGUGAGUUGUCCUUUACUUCAUCAUUCCUUAAUUCAUUUGCUAUUGUUAUUAUUGAGCUUACUUCCAUUUCGAAUGGAAGUGUUGGGUGA